UUUUCUUCUGCGCAACUGCGUCGGACGGCCGUGAUGCUCACCCUCACCCCUGGCUCGUCCUGCGAUGUUUGCGCAGAAGAAUACGGUCCCCAUUGCCUUCCGAAUUCAAUCCCUUGCGGACACGUUUUAUGCGCUAGCUGUUGCAUGACUAUUGCAGAGAAGACUGCCCCCAAGCUGUCUCCUGCCUGUCCCUUUUGUCGAGAAAAUUUUACUCCCGACUCUGUUCGUCUAAUUCGACUCGAUUUCAAUACUAGCGGGUGGACCACGCCCCGGCGACUUCCCAACAUCGACACCAACCCUCCCGACUUUGCUAGCGAUGCUUGGAACAAAGGACUUAUGAUGGCUGACGGCUGUUCUCGCACUCGUCUCGAUGCUCGCCGUCUCGAAGCCAAGGUUGCCAAAGUCGCAGCAAAGAAGUGCUCAGUGGAGGAGGUGACGCAUCUCCACAAGGAGCUCCAAGAGUGGCUCAUGUCCGAUCCCAAAGACGACGACGAGUCUCGUGCACAAAUCUCGUCGUUGACUCUUAGCGCAGCCCUUUUACGCGCGAUCCUUACGAAUCAGGUGGCUCAUUCUGAGUCAAGCCGGUUGGCCAAGAAUGUUGAAGCCAAUCUCAAGACCAAGCUCGAUGACCUAGACCUCAUGAACAGUAAACUCGAUUCGGAACUGAAACGGUGCGUCGACUUGUCUCGAACCGCAUAUUCCCAAAAGGCACAGGAAUGUCAAAGCCUGAGGCAGGAAAUGAGUCGCAUGAAAAUUGUCCCCGCGACCCAACCUGCCCCGCCACCACCCACCUCGUCCAUGGAGGCCCGUCAUCUUUCGCCAUCACCUCCACCAAUGCCCACAACAUACACCUCAUCGGCAUCUUCCGCUGCUCGCUUCAGUUGGACCCAUACUCGUUCAUCAUCGUUGUUUUCUCGACCAACAACACCUGCUCCCCAUCUGGCACGUGCCCAAACACCUGGCCCAGUCUCCCCUCCUCGUCCUUACACUCCAGCCCCACCCAGAUCCCAAACUCCCGGUCCAACACGUUCCAAUAGCAUUAGCUUCGCCAGCGCUAACGCGGCUGCCCGUCUCGAGAAAUCACCCACUAGAGCUCAGACGCCAGUUCCGCCUUCCCGAGCCAACACAACGACCCCCACCCCAACGCGUCACGUGUCCAUGACCGCCGCAUCGACUCCUCUUCGCUCGCAUACACCAGCUCCAGUUCAGACAACCGCACCUGCUCCACGUGCCCGUCGUCUGUCACACCCUUCGGCGCCACCACUUGCGGCUCGAUCUCUUUCAGAAGAGAAAUAUGAAGCACAAGCACUGCACCAGCGCUGGCUUCCCAACACCUUUGACGACAAAGUCAAAUAUAUGGUUCGUCCCCCCUCUCGGUCGGCCUACACAUUCCGUGGCUAUCGAGUCUCGGUCGAGGAAGAAGACGAUGAUUAA